AUGAGAUGCUAUCCAUCUCGGACGAAGAAGAAGAGCAAUACUAGCGAUGUGGAAUCUGAUGGACAAUUCUUGGACGUCUCAGACGACGACCAUCAAGACGACCUUGACCGGAUCAAUGAAAUGAUCGCUGAGAUCGAAGAGGCAAAAUUGAAGAAGCUGAAAGCGGAGAAGGCAAGACUGGAAGCAAAGGCAGCAAGCCGUUCUCCUUGCAAGAAGAAGCACACCCCAACUAAGAAGAAACCUAGGGCUACCUCCCAGCGAAAAGUUCCCAUUGCAAGGAAGAAGACACUGAAGGGAGCUGCACCCAAACAAGUCACUAUUGAAGAGGGCAAAAACACUCUGAAGUCUCCACCCAAGCCACCUACAACCGCCAGAAUACUCGAACCGGAGUUAGCGGCUGCUGAAGCCCAGAACAAUCAGCCCAUCCUCCAAUCUGUUCUUGAAGCCAUCCACCCCUACUUUGUAAAGCUUCAGGACUCGGCUGAUAAGAUGAGCAUUGCGGCCAGACAAAUGGAACAAGAACAAGAGGAAGCAAGAACUCGACUGGCCGCUACUAACAUGGGACAGGAGCAACCACCCCCUUCUGGUCCAACCCUGGUAGACGGGACCAGGCCACUCAGCACAAAUCCUACCCACCUUUCAGCAUCGAUGUCUCCAGCAAUAUUGGAAGCAUCCCCGAGGCCGGCUUUCCAUGAAGCUGCAAUCAAGAGUUAUCAAGCGGACAGUUCUAAAGGCAAUGAGGAAGAAAUUCAUGGGAUUUCUAUUACCAGUUUCGAUAUUGAUCGAGCAAUGAUGCCGGAGGGUCUCAAGAACGCCGCCAUUAAAGGAUUGUGGGGCAGAGCAAGCGAUAUGGCGGCAUUACCAGGUAAGUGCUCGCCAGGUGGGGGUGAUAGUGAAAGUGGUGGAGCAGGUGAGGAAGUGAUGAACCAGCUCCUAGAAACUUUUGGGUCGGACAGUACCAAGAUCGCCCUGCUAGAUAUGGGUUAUUGUCGCAAAAGUCGCCACGGGCUUGGCCUCAUCACCAGCAGCAAUAAACUUCACGAAGCCUGCCAGAAGAUCCUCAAGAAAGAAGAAGAUACGUUCAAGAACCAACGCUUCCAGUUCUUGCACUACCUGGUCCAACUAGGCUACUCUACUGAGUUUGUGGAAGACUACGUUGAGCGAGGUCUGAUGCCUCGCAUCAUCAAGGAAACCUACAUCAACUUCUUGGCUCUUCUCAACAACAAGAUCUGCCACAAAGAUAUGGGCGCAGAUGAAGCCUGGGAAGACUCCAAGGCCUAUGUCAUACUCCAGGUCCACUCAGAGAAUCUCCUGGACAUCCGCACAAACCCCAACACAACACCAUCAAGGAGAACAAACAUUGAACGCGUGAACAAGACAAACCAGAAGCUCCAAAGGGAGUUGGAAUCCCUUCCGGCGGCCAAAGGUCGAGGAGGCCGGGAACCUACCAAGGACAAGAAUAAGGAAGGAGAUUCGACCCUCAAGAAGUGUUCUCAAUGCAAGAGUUGCAUUCUGCACACUGCCUUGAAACUUGAACACAACAAGACUGUCUGCCCCCUGGCAGGGCAUGCCGGCUCACGGGGCAAGGUCGUGGCGGAACAAGUUGCCACUGCCGUCUUGGCCACCAAGGAGCGCCCGGUUGGAGAUAUUAUCAAGGAAGUCUCGGACAACUGGUGCAAGAAAUCCUAG